AUGCCCGGUGGGAGCGACAGGAGGCGUUCUCAGGCUCCUGGACGAGCAAAUGCUCGAUAUGAUGGGCAGGACUCCCGUGCCCGUUCUGACAACCCACUCCUGACAUCGAUGACCGACUCGUACUCAGGCGGACCGUCCCAGUUGGCUCGCCGCCAUGAACGUCAACGCCAGUCACUCUAUCCUACUUAUACUCUCACCCAAGACCGAGCGACCGAUGAGCGUCAAACCUCCGCCUACAGCACCAACGCCAGCCGUGGCCCCAACUCAAUCCCGGACCGGACUCUGGGCCGCGGAGUGUCACCGUACCCGAGGUCAUCAGAAGUCACGGGGGAUUUCGCGACAAGUUCUUCGAGACAGGCCCUCCCUAACCCGACUGGGGGUUCCUCCAGUAGCCACCAAGCCCGCCGCCGCUCCACGUCCAGAGAGCGAAGAGCGGCGCGCCUUGUUUCCUUUGCCGAUCGCCUCCCGCGUCAGUCGGAUCGGAGACCCGAAGGGCACUACCGUAGCGGCGAGUCCGGAGCCACACGUCGUUCCGAGAAUGGAGAUCGCUUGGACGACAAUUUCUCGCUGUUGGUGUCCUACACGACGACCAGCUGUCGUUCCCCGAGGAGAAGGGGACAGGGGGACUCCUCGGAGUCCGCGGACAGCCACUCACACCAUGACCGCACCGGAUCUACCAGUGACCUCGGGCUCGGCUAUGGGUACAUCAGCGCCGUGGAGUUCAUCUGA